GCGUCCUGGGCGGUAUCGGCGUAGGAGGUUGUCAGCUGAGGCAGCACUCAUGGCUGGUUUCAUGUGGCGUGCUGCAGCAUUUGUGCAAAGACACAGGAAAAGCCUCUUGGUAGGUUCCUGCACAGGCCUAUUUGGGGUUCAGAUUUCAUACUACCUCUUCCCAGACCCUGUGAUCCAAUGGCUGUACCAGUACUGGCCUUACGGCCAGCCAGCACCACUCUCUCCAAAGCUGCAACACCUCUUCCAGGAGGUGCUACAGGACAUAGGUGUGCCCUUGAGCCAUCGCUACAAGCCCUUCACCACCUUCACCUUCCAGCCUGUAGUUGCAGGCUUCCCAAGACUUCCUGCUGGGGCUGUGGUAGGCAUCCCUGCCAGCUUCCUAGGGGGCGUAGUGACCAACACUGACCAUCUUGUAGUUGUACACGGGCAGAGAGUAAACUGGCAGAGCCCAGUAGGUGUCCGGCUGAGAGAUGCACUGACCCUGUCCCAUGAUGCCCAGAAGUUUGCUUUGGCCAGGGAGGUGGUAUACCUGGAAAGCAGUGCAGCUGCCUUGCAGGCUCUGCUGGCCCCAGCUUGCCUGGCAGGGACCUGGGCACUGGGUGUGGGUGCCAAGCAUGCCUUGGGGCUCUAUGGAGGCCCCAUGAAUUUACGGGCUGCCUUCAACUUGGUGGCAGCGGUGGUAGGCUUUGUGGUCUAUGCUUUCUCCAUGGACUCUCUCACUCAUUUCCUGGAAGCAUGGCAGGACCGUCGCACAGCCUCCCUCUCUGCAGCCUACGCCCAGGGUGGAGUGGAGUUCUAUGAGAAGAUUCUGUCAGGCAACCUGGCCCUGCGCAGUCUUUUGGGCAGGGAAGGGGAGAAGCUGUAUACACCCAGUGGGAACGUUAUCCCCAGUCACUGGUUCCGGAUCAAACAUUUACCCUACACCACCCGCCGGGACUCUGUGCUGCAGAUGUGGAGGAUGACACUGAACCCAGGUCGCUCCUGAUACGCUCAUCAUGAGGACAGCACCAGUUUGUGCAAGCACCAUGCUGCCAUUGAUUCUGAGGGGCUCUCUUGGUGCUUCUGCACCCACAACCCGAGGUCAGAAAAAUCACAGACUUGAGAAUUAAAUAGCCCAGAUUCUACUUGAUGAAUUCACCACACACUAACUCAUUGACUUUGGACAAGUCUCUUAAUGAAUCUGAGCCUUGGUUUCCCGAACUAUAAAGUGGGAAGAUGAUAUAAACUACCUCAAAGAAUUGUAGGGUUAGGUGAGAUCAAGAAUUUAAGGGCCAGGCAGAGAAGGCAUGCCAUAAAUAAAUAGAAUGUUCCUCCUUCUUGGCAUUUGAUUGCCAUUGGGCUGUGGGAGUCAAGCUACCCCUCAUUACCAGAGGUUCUUGCAGUAUGUGAACACUUUCUUGCAGCAAAGAAACACCCCUCAGUUUGCCUGAUGGACCAAUCCCAAUUUUCCUCCACUGUGGUAGAGAUUAAAAGGUUUAAGAGAUCACUAUAAGAAGUUAAUGUGGGCCUGAGAGGCUAUUUUAAAGUGAGGCCUCUGCCAGACAUAGUGGCUCACACCUAUAGUCCUAGCACUCUGGGAGGCAAAGU